UUCCCAAAAGGGUCUUUCAGGUAUCAUCCCCGGGUUCUCUCUUUGUCAAGUGACUUUCACCCGGUUCCCUCCUCCGCCGCGCCCAAACUUCUCUCCUACAACCUGGGUUUUUUCUUCUUCUCUGCUUUUUCUUUCCCUUUCUCUUGCAUUGUUCAUGACCUUUCUUUUCCUUUUCCAGCAGCGGCACAGUCUUCUCUCUUUUCCCCUCUCUCGUUUCGACAGAUCAAUCAGCUAGACUCAGGUCAUCACAUCGAUACCAGUCAAAUUAACAACCCAACAAACCAUCCCAAAAGUACAGAAGAAUCCGCGAUACAGAAGCGAAACACCGAGAAACGGCAGAAGCGGCCAUACAACCAAGAGACGACAGGCCACACGAUCACAACCGCCAACAUGGUCCUCAUCACGCGCGCCAUCUCCCUCACAAACUUCCUCGUCGCCUCCUCCGCGCUCGGCUUCCAGGUCUUCGUCCUGUACCCCUGGCACGAGCAGCUUUCGCACGACUUCGAGGAGCUCAAGAAGGAGCACCUCCGCGUCCUCGACUACGUCAAGGGCGUCGACGCUGGUUUGAGAAAGGGGCAGGGCGGCGCCCCCGCAGGGGAGUCGAUUCUGGAGCGCCUGGGGUGCAAGCGGUAGAUCCUUCGCCGUCCCGGCAACGGUCAUCAAUCGGAACCUUCUUUUCCGUUGGUCCCCCGUUUCUUUUCUCUCUAUUUUUCUUGUCUGGAUGGAAGGUUGAUCGGGUUUGGUCUAUCCUUUCCAUCUUUGUCCUUCAUUUGUACGAUUGCAUACGAUACUCCCGAGGCGCAGAAAACCAAAAGACCUUAUACCCUGUUUUUUGGGAAACGGAUAACGUUUACAUGGAACCCGACAGCUCUUUUGCCCCUCGAGGUGUUGCGAGCGCACUGAAUGAAGAAGGCGAUCAGGAAUGACUUCUGAUGGCACUUGGCAUUCCUACUGGAAUUGCCGUCUCACCCAGUGGCCUUCUCAAUACAGCUGCUCGACUUAACGUUGGUCUUGGGACAUUGGCAGAUGAUCAGACAUGCCCGCUUCAUCGGCAGAUCGAAGCAUCGGAGCCCGCUCCGGAGUCUGAACCGAGAAAGCGAUAUCGGCACAACUGACCCCCACUAUCACCCUGUAUCUCAACUUACCUUACCAUCUAUAUCCCAGCGGCCGCUUAUUUGACGUCUCCAUUUCAAGCAAUUGCUGGCGUUCCAUUCCUGGCCACUACCACUGAAAGACCUUGUCGUCUUUGACCUCGUUUAACCAGUCCUCUUCUCUCGCCACGCCAAACAUACACGCGCACAUGAUGGUCUCAUCUCACAUGAGUGCUACAUCUGGUCAACUUGAAGGCGCCACCUUCGUCCAAGUGAAGCAAAGAAACACUCAGAUACUCUGGAGCGACGUGUGAUCGUGAUCCUCUGAUUGCUGGUGUCAGACGUCGUCAGAUACUGGGUGAGUUGUAGAUUCUUGUUCUCGUCUCAAAGUGACCUUCACCUUGAAUUAAACCGAGGAAAUGGAUCGAGAGAUUCAACCUCAUACCGGCCAUUGUAUUGUGCAUCUUUAUCUUAUCCGAUGCCACCACUUGUAGCUCUCACUGUCUGAAGUACGUAGGGUAUUGCGAAUUCCAAAUGCUCGACUCCGUUCCUAUCACUCUCUUCGUCCGAUCUGGGCCCCUUUCAUUCCUGUCUCGGUACCAUAUCGUGUUAUCUGUACUUCGGGCCAUUCCUGCCCUUUUCACUUCCGUCACAGCUAGCUGUUGGGACGCCAUCUCUCUCUCCAUCUCCCACCUUCGC